AUGUCCAUGGCCACCCAGAUGUUCAGCACAGGGCAGGCACAAGCGCUGGCGCAGCACCUUACCCCUGCGCAGAGGAAACAUCUCCCAGUCAGCAUCCUCCCCAAGCCAAACCCCGCAGCCCAACCCAAACAAACCGUACCUAAACUCCCUCCUCCCGCUCAAAACAAGACGCAACAUGCUAAAGAGCCCUCAGCUCCAGCUAAGCGCAUAAAGGACGUAGUGAAAAGUGCCAAAAAGCACAAAAAAACUGUCAAGCGCAAGCAACCGAAGAAAACUGCAUCAAACCAACCGCCCACCACCAAGCCACGUACUCCCUCCCCCUCAGGGAGCGGAGACGAGUCAGACUGCCCCCUCGUCAUCGACGAAUCCCGGGACACAACCGAGCCCCAAACACCCGGCACCGACGGGGAUGGCUUCCAAAAAGCACGGAAAACCGCCCGCCUACCCGCGCCCCAGCAAGUGAGAGCCAUCCUUCCAAGUCUGGACAUGGACACCCCAGUCAAACUGACGGUAACGGAGAAAGAAAACGCCCCUGGCUGCUACGAGGUCAACAGGACGGACCUAACGGGCAGCCAGGGCGGGAUGAGCCCGAGCUCGCGAUUGCCGUUGCUUAACGCAAUCGCGGGCCUCACCGGUAAGGAUAGAAGGAAAUACGAGAAGAAGCUCGAAAGAGCUUGGAAACAACCGCGGAUAUUGCCCAAGGGUGACAAAACACCACCGAGUGCCCGCCUAAUUAAGGCGAAGGCAAAGAAAUCACCCAAACGAAACAAGAAAGUCACAACUGGGUCACAGGUAAAGAAGCGAAAGACCACCUCGCGUAAACCCGUCGCUGCGCGGCGGCCGGAAGUGGCGGACGCGGCCGGGUCAGCCGCGCCUGAGCCGGCCACGCCUGCCAACACAAAGGCCGACCGGGCCACGUGUAGCGGCGGCCAGCAGGGUCAGGCAGCAGCCGAACAAAGCGCCAGCGCUGUGACGGCUAGUGCGCUCCCCCAGGCGGCCGGGCGGCUGCGCGCCGAGGUGAAUGCGCGAAAGCACGAAGGCGCGGGCGGCGGAAAGAAACCGAUACCGACGCCGCGGACUCGCCGCCGCGAGGGAAUGCCGGAGCGGAGGAACCUCGGAGUGUUGCCGAGGGGUGCGCUGAGGGGAGCGAGCGAUGCGGAAGCUGCGCAGGGACCGACACGCAGGAGAUAG